AUGAGCUCUUCACCAGAAUUUGCAGCUGCUCUUGCGGCUUCUGCGACUGCUACGAGGAACACAAGGAAGAACAUGAGAUCGUGCUUUCGAAGUGAGGACCUGAAAUCUGCCUCCAGAUCGAUUGCGCAGAAGGGCGGAUACGGCGAAAAUGGGCUCCCGAGUUUGAGGAUCAUUCGCGUGAUGGUUGUCAACCUCAUAUCGAUGCUGGUGUGGUGGAGGCUGUUGAAGGAAUGGAUGGCAUAUAGAAGCGUGAAGACAAUGGGCAAGGUCACGGCACCCACAGAUGCCGUGGAUGCUUUCGAAGGCAUCCUUUCCGUGGCAUCCGUUGGCACGGAGGCCUCCGAUGCCAAGGGCAGCAAGGCCGCCUACGGCAAGAGCCCACGAAUGUUUUUUGAAGGCAGCACGCGUCUCCAUUUGCCAGUCAAGUCAAUAAGUGCCUUCGUGCCAAGUGGGCGAGUGGUGACAUGUCAAUGCGGCGCCAAUCAGUGUGAGAAGCGCGGCAUUGUGAUCAAUGCUCCCUCGGUCGACAUGGACAAGCGCGCGAAGUGUGACAAAUGCGUCGUACCAGCCCAUGCGGCCGUCCGGCUGCUUGCCAAGGUGCCUGGCGCAUUUGAGGAGGCAACUGCACAUUCCGUAUUCCGCUUUCUCCGUGGUCAGGCCGUGGGGGCGGGGUGGACAUGCAGCCUUUUGGCGAUCGUUCAAUGGGACGCGCUGGGGCCGCUGGGGAACCAGACGGUGAUGGUGUCAGACACAGUGGUAAUGCGAAAGGACCAGAUGCAGGUUCCGUCUUCCCGUGCAGCGGCGACGCUCCGGGAAGAGGGACAAAGGGUGGUAGAAGAGGAGGGAGCCAACGUGUCACUUUCUUUCACGAUAUUAUUGCAGGUCGCCAACCUUGGAGUUAUUCUUGUUGACCUAGACGAAUCUGAAUCACCAAGAUCGAGGCCGACUUUUGCCUUUCUGCCGGAGCUGGUCCGUAUUUUUGGGUAUUCUGGACAUUGGGUGGAGGAGAAUCGUAUCUUGAGGCCGAGACUUUCGGAAGCAGGGACGCUCUUCAUCGACUUCCACCAGUGUCUUGAUAGAUCCGUGACACGACCCAGGCCGAUCCAGGGCCGCGAGCUUCCGCCUGAGUCUGUGCAGUUUUUGCGCGAGUGCCGUCGGAUAUUUGAAAGAAUCAAGAUUUAUCUGUUAUCCCACUUGAACGCCGACGCCACAUUGCAAAGCUUGCUACGCUCUCUUGACUCCACGCAGGACUCCGAGGAAUUGCUGGACAAGGUUCUUAUCACUCCAGACAAAGUCGGGCACAGAGGAAAAGUUGCUACGAUCAGAUCGCUAGCUCCUUUGGCCUCGGCUUUUUUGGUGGACGAUCAUUGCCAUACCAUUGUUGAGGCGAACUCGGCAGGGUGUCCAAGUUGCCACAUCUACGUGCCAGGCCGUCACGACUGGCCUCCGGAAGGGGUUCCUUGGCGGAAGUUCUUGCACGAAGUGCUCGACGAGAUCGAGUGCGAGAAAAACGUAACCAAUGAUCCUGAAGUACAGGCGCAGGCAAUUGCAGUGGUUCAGCAAGCCGCAUACGAAAUCGACAUGGCUAGAAGGCAGGCCGUAGAGGUUGCAACCCGAGCUAACCAAGAGCUCGUAGCCCACAACAUCCAAACCCGAGAAGCGCUCAACCAAGCUGAAAGGCAGGUGGUGCAAGCUAGGUUUGUAGCCGAGCAAGAGGUUAUUCAGGCUAGGCAAGCAACCAUGGAGGCCCAAGCCGCGCAGCACAGAAGCCAACAGUUGUUGACCAUAGCCAAAGCCGAUUUCGAUAGGAUGCAAGAGCAGAUGAAUAGCCUUCAGGAUUUGGUUCAGCAGCAGAGGGAGGUGAUUCAACAGCUGCAAAGCCAGAGAGUAGAGACCAAACAACCAAGUAAUGGCACGGAACAUCCGGUGAUGCAGCAAUGCACCCGGGAUAAUGCAUUGAGCAGUGCGAUGCCUGGGGGUGAUUUCGGCGUAGAAUGUUCACCCGUGCUCUUUUCCCUCGAUACCCCACGGCCUCAAACUGACCCUCAUGUGCAGCACCAACUCGAUACCCUAACAUCCCAAAUCGCAUCUAUGAUGAACGCAAUCGCAGCCUUAAGUCCCGGAGGAGUUGGCGGCAACGCCCCCUCCGGCAGCAACGCUCCCUCCAACCGAAGCGCGGCGAUUACGCCCCCUCAAUCAGAAAAGCGCCUUAAGAGUACUGCAAAGGGAUUAGUGGGUUUAGAUCCUCCUUCGGAUCCCCCUUCAAGUUCUUCCUCUAGCUCAAGCGCCGAGGGGUCAAACAAGGACAAAAGGGAGAAGGGUUCGGAUUCUUCCUCUGCGAGUUCGUCUUCCAGCAUAGUUUCGGUUGAGGCUAUCUAUAAGAAGGAGAAGAAACUUAUGAGAGUUAAGGAUUACAACUCUUUCAAGGUUUCGCAUUUCCCCAAAGGUGCCGCCGAAGCCAGGGGUUUCAAAAAUCUGUUGUUCAGCAGCGUUGCAAAGCUUGCGAAAGGUGAUGAGACCCCGAUCCUAGAAUGGAUGUCUAGAUGUUUGAAGGCGGAAAAUCCCGAAGUCUUCGAGGAUUCUGGUGAUUACCCACUCCUUGAUCGAAUCUUGGGUCAUCGCAUGCUUGAGCUUGCUAAGGGCACAAAGUUCUCCCUGGAUUUCCAGACGCUCCAAGAAAGUGCACAGAAGAAGGGGAAGCAGCCCAAAGGCAGGCAUUUAGUGUGGGUGGUUUUGCAAAAGUUUCGAUUGGAGAAAGAUCGGGGCACAUCGCUUACCCAGCAUCACUUGUUGUCGCUUACCGUCUCCGGGAGUGACGCUAAAGGUCUUGAUGAGUUUCGCCAGAAGUUCAACUACAUACUGGAGGCAUUGGAGGUCGAUGAACGCCCUACGGAUGUUGGGAUCCGCAGUCUCAUGUAUGAGCAAUUGAAAAAUCACCCGAAGAUGUCACUGCACAUUGAUCGGUACCGCAAUUCCAGCGCAAACUCCAGCAAAAGAAUAUGGAGGUGGUUGUACCAGAAAAUGUGUGAAGUGAUAGAGAUUUCGCAACUGGACGAAAACACCAUGGCCAUCGACAAAGCGCUUUCAAGUAAUGCUAGACGAGAGCAAGAGGAGAAGAAGCAGAAGGAAGCGCGAGCAAAUGCAGAGGCGGAAACGCCCGCAUCACCAGCGCCACCGAAAGGUAAAGGCAAAGGGAAAUCCCCAAGAACACCCAAAACAAAAGAGGAAAAGGCACAGCUACCGUGCAUGUAUUACGCAUACAACUGCUGCAAAGCAGGCGACAAGUGCGAAUACCUGCAUGAUAGGAACCGACUGUAUGAUGGCCCGCGACCCCGAGGAGUCAAAACCACAUCAGCCGGUGUAGCAUCCGUGAUGGCAGGUGCAGCCGUUGCCAUUGGCUCCUUGCCCACGUCUUCCGCCCAGACACUUUCACUUUCUGAUUGUGAUGCGUCGAACGCACCAGUCAGCAAGGUCGAUGAUGGGAUGUGUGCGCUAGGCCGUGAGGCAUCCGCUGCCCCGGCUCGCAGGGGUAAUUCAACCAAACGAGCCAACCUUAAAGGGCGUUGCAAGUCUACCGCUUUCCGUGAUGCGCGGACGUUCAACCCCAGAGGUGUUUCGUUCACCAGAUUCUUCACAACAAUGAUGGCUGCAACUUCUUGCUUCUCUCCUUUGUCGAAUCCUCCUGCUUGUGCUGGACUGUUGGGUGACCUGGUGCCGAAAACUUCGGACAUGGAGUACUUGAUUGACUCAGGUGCCGGCCGGAACCUCAUCUCAAAGUCAAGUUUGCCGGAAGAGGCGCAAGGAUUGUUUGAUACAGCACCGCAAAAGUUGAAGUUUUCAACAGGUGGAGGGGUUAGGUCAGGAUCCGAUGCGAUUAGGAUACACGGGUCAAUCACGGGAAACAACGUGUUUUAUGCCCUUAAGGACCCAGAUCAAAUGCCGUUCUUCAUCAAGCCUGAGUGUCUUCAGGACGUUACGUUCCACUGUCCCGAAAACGCAAAGAUCUAUGCGGAUAAGGUUGUGCAAAACGUCCCAAUCCUGAAGGAAUCAAUAACAUGCUCAGGCUUGCCCGCUUCCGCAAAAGCAGAAACCACGGGGACUUUCGCAGGACCGUUUGAGCCCGCCAGUUCCUCAAGUGAUCCUGCGCCGGUAGCGUUACGAAGAAUCGCUAAAGGGAGAGGCGGUACUCACCCCCCUGAUGCAAGCUCAGACGGAUCUUCAAGAGGAGCUCCCGUUGCCCAUUUUGGAGACGGUGAUGAGCUUGAAGAGUGCGUUGCACCCGAAAAGAUCCCAGAAGACGAGCCGUUGGACGAAGAAGAUGCGGAGGCUUAUCCGUGGACUCCUUCCUUAAGGGAAAAGUUGCAGGCCAUUGCUAAGUCCCCGGAACAUCAAAUCACACACUUUCCGAAAAACAGGUAUUGUGACAUAUGCAGGGGGGCAAAAAUGACCUCCAGAUCCCACCGCUAUCAUCAUGCAGAGGUGGACCCUGAAGAGACCCCUCCUUUGCAUUUCGGACACAAGCUUCGCACGGACCACAUCAUUAUAAAUGAUGAGCUUUCAAAGGGUUCGGAAGGUGAACAGGCAUGUCUGAUUUGCUUUGAUGAGUUUAGCGGUUGCUUAGGUGCUUAUCCACAGACGCGCCGUACGACUCAGUCGAACGUUGCCUGUUUGCGGCACGUCGGCGGGACGCGAGCGCAUGGCAAAGCCCUCUGCCAAGUGAAGUCCGACUGUGCCGCGGAGUUGACCGACGCGGUAAAGGAGUUGGGGUGGUUACCUAGUCCGGGUAUUCCGAACGACGCUUUUCACAAUGCGAAGCUCGAAAGGGCCAUUAGGAGCAUAAAGGAAGGAACACGUUCGGUCCACCUUAGAGCUGGAUUUCCUCAUGCCCUGUGGCCUCGCUCGGUAGAAUACUUUUGCACGGUGAAAGCGUUCACGACAGAGGCUCCUGUUCACCCGAACGAAACGGAAGAUUCCGAAGCCUUCAAAAAGGGGAAGACUUGCUAUGCAGUGGCUAACAAGGGGGAUGCUUUUCAAGGGCUUAAAGUUCCUUUGGGCGCCUUGGUGUACUACAAACCUUUUGAUCCCAGAACGCUCCCGGGCAUUUUCUGUGGUUGGCGCAUCGACCAUGGCUUCCGUUUCAGGGGCAUCCACCUCGUGCUUGAUUAUGAAAGUCUCCGAACAAAUCAGAAAGGUUGUGGGAGACCAAUGCAAGUUCACGAAAAAGAGUUAGUGGUCCCUGAUUCUUUUGUCUUUCCGCUCUACGAAGCCAAUGCUUUGAAGCUCACGUCUUUAAGCCCAGAGCCUUCGUUGCCAAAGAUCGAACCUGGUGAGAGCCUUCCAUUCGAAAAGGGGGCUCCAGACCCUGAAGUGAGAAAGCGUAGAACAUACGUAACUCUAGAAAGGGCGAUCAGAUUUGGCAAGACGAUGGGUUGUAGAGGAUGUGAUCGCAUAGCAGAAGGCGUGAAGCACUCGGAUGCAUGUCACGACCGUUUCGCCAAGCUUCUGGAAGACGAACGAAAGGCCAAGCUCUUAGAGGAGGAAAGAAAGGCCAAAGAAAAGAGGGAUGAAAAGCCACCUGCAGCUGAAGGAGAUGCGAUUCCUGCCGCACCCUUUGCUCGAACAGCCCAGAGAAAUCUGCCGACAGAUCAGGUCCGAGAAGCCGCAGGCUCCGGAUCCAAUCAAGAUGAGCAUGAUUACUGGUCUUUCGAUCAACAAAAAGGGGCGUGGAAAAGAGUACACGUUCGGCCUCGGAAACGACUGUUUACGCCAAUGACCAAACACCCCCCUUUUGACAUGUACACGGUUUCAGAAGGCCGCGAGACGCAGUGGAAAUGUAGGGGGAAAGUUUCUGUCUACGAAGACAAUUGGCAAAAGGGCAGUCCAAACCGUAGAAUCUCCUCAAAAAGCUGGACUGGUGUGACUUGGUUUUUCCCCAAACAACCGCUGAGACCCGAAGAAGCGGAGCUUAGAGCAGCCAUCUCAAACGCCGCAGACCAGCAGAAGCGCUUGAAGCCUCUACCAAAAGGUAUCGACGCUGUCGCUUCGAUUGUUCACUGCAUGUCGUCCGUUUCCGAGGACCCAGAAGCUUUGAAGGCCCUUUCUCAACAGGUGUGCGAUGCCGCUCAAAAGGCACCACCAAGAAAGAGUGCUUCGAAGGGAAAUGGUUCGGAAACGAUGUUCGAGUUCUGCUGCGACCCAAAAUCCAUGUUAGGUCAAGUGAACGAGAGUUUAGGCAUCAAUCACUUCAGAAUGACGGCAAAGAAUUCAAACAUGGCAGACCCAGUUCAAGGCGAAUCAUUGCGAGUGCUUGUUGCUCAAUUUCCAGGUUGUGACCUUUGGGGCAGCGUUCCUAACUCCCCUUGGAAGUGUUUGCAGCACCCUAGCCAAAACCUUGACAAGCCCGGCUCCAGAAAGAAGCUGAAGGGCCAAAGGCGCUUAAGCAUCAGAAUGUUGAAAAACUUCAUCAAGGUUGCAGAGCAAGUCCUAAGUCAAGGGGGUACGAUUAGCUUUGAGUGGCCUAAGAACUGUAGUGGUUGGAAAACACCAUUGCUAUUGGAAUUCAUAGCCCGUCACGGUCUGUAUGAAGUGAUUACAGAUGGCUGCGCUUUCGGCAUGGAAAAUCACCUUGGAGAGCCGUUGAAGAAGUCUUGGAGAAUAGUUACGUCUUCCUUCAAGCUUGCACAAAACUUGUCUGCAAAGCGCUGCUGCCACGAGUCAGGUUUCAAGCAUGCAGAGAUCUCGGGCAAGAUAGCUUCUAGCUCUGCCCUCUACCCAGAAAGCAUGGCCAGAUGCAUAGCACAAAGCUUGUAUAGUCACAAGCUGGAUGCCCAUGUUCCUUGCAUGCCUACUGUACCCGCACCCGCAGCUACUGCAGAGCAUUUUCCCAACGAGCUCUCUUCAGAACAGGAAAAGAUUUUAGCAGGAGUUCAUAUGCUUAUCGAUAGGAAGGAUUGGCACAAACAUCCAGGCGCUCAGGAAGCAAUUGACAAAGAAGCCUCCGGGCUCUUGUCAAACGACACCUGGUCGUACGACGAGGUUGUUUCGCGUGAGGAACUGAUGAGGAGCAAGACUCCACUAAACAUCGGCCGCGUAAUGACAAUCUUAUCCAUCAAGCAUUGGGAGACCCCAGAACUUCGCAAACUGAAAGCUAGAAUCGUGUUUAGAGGUGACGAUAUAAGAGACGAAAACAACAACCUGGCCGUACUUCCGGAAUUGAAGGUGAAUCCGUCAGGCCUAACGGGCAUAAACUUCAACCUUGCAUACGGCGCCCUAAAGGGACACAAAACUACUCAAUCUGACGUAGUGAGAGCAUACACGCAGUCGUAUCUGCAGACCAAAGUUCCCACUUGGGUUGAGCUCCCACCAGAGCUCACCCCACCGGAGUUCAAGGGGGUCAGACGACCAUGCGUUCGUUUGCAGAAGUCCUUGUACGGACACCCAGAAUCCGGAUACCAUUGGGACUACAGGUUUAAACAAAUCAUGCAUAUGUUAGGAGGCAAACAUGUGGACAAUCAGCAAUCCACGUACUGGUUUGAAGAGUUAGGUCUGCUUCUCAGCCUUUACGUAGAUGAUAACCUGCUUAGCGGUCCUGCAAAGAAUCACGCCUGGUUUUGGGACCUGCUGCAAAAGCACCUGGAGAUUGAAGAACCAUCUCCAGUGGACAGGGUCUUGGGAAGGAAGCAUUUGCUCUCCCAUGAUGCUGAUUCAACCACACUCCAACAUGACAUGAGUGAUUUCUGCAAGAAUUGCUGCGAGCUCUACGAGCAGUUAGCCGGGAGAAAGUUGAAAGAAGCGUCUACACCUUUCGACUUGAACAUUCCGGUUUCUGACUUCGAAGAGAAAGGACUUCUAGCGGAAUCUGCCAGCAAAAUCCUGAUGAAAAUCCUGUGGUGUGCACGUUUGGCAAGACCAGAUUUGAUGAAGCCCAUAUCAGACUUGACGCGGAAAGUGACCUGCUGGAGUCUUGCAGAUGACAAGAAGCUGUACAAGCUAAUGUGUCACCUGCAUUCCACCCCGAAGCUCAGUCUGACAUGUAAAAUCGCCGACAGUAUAGAUAACCUAAGGUUGGGUCUCUAUACUGAUGCGGAUCAUUCAUCAGAGAUAGAGCACGCCAAAAGCACAUCGGGGUCACUUCUUGUCAUGGAGGGCCCUAACUCAUGGUGGCCCCUUUCUUGGGCGAGCAAGAAGCAGACAGCGACAUCACGGAGCACGACAGAAGCAGAAAUAAUCUCGCUUGCCUCUGGCCUUUUUGGCGAAAAAAUGCCUAUGCAGGAACUGGCAGAACUCGUGUUCAAACGCGAAGUUGACCUUCACUGUUACCAAGACAAUUCUGCCGUGAUUCAGAUAGUGCAGAGCGGAUACAGCGCAAAGCUGAGACACGUGAGCAAAACUCAUCGGAUAAAUCUUUCCUCAUUAUACGAAGUUUUCGAAGACCAGCAUACAAACCUUGGCUACAUAGCCACAGACAAGCAAUGCGCAGACAUCUUCACGAAAGCCCUUGCGCCUGUAAAGUUUCCCGCAGCGCUAGAGCUCUUGAAGAUGAAGGCUCUUUGA